ACCACCAUGAAACAUGUUCCAUGUUGACUGGAUAAUAAUGAAACCGGUUCUUUAAAAUUCAUUCAUUUAAGUGUUCAACUCAGAUGAAGAAACGUUGGAAAUCAUUGAUUUCACUUUAAUUCAUUUUCACUUUUACUUUUCCAUCUUCUUUUUGUUUACUUUCUAAAUGUGAUGUUUACUUUUUUAUCUUACAAGUUUCACCUUUUCUCAUCCUUAAUACCUUUUCUUAUCCUUUUUCUAUCAUCAUUCAUCCACCAUGGUUUCGCCGAGGAGGAUUCAUCCACAUGGGAGCCAACCAUUAACGCUCGUUGUGAACGUGGGAUGAUGAUCAUCAAUGUCUUAACAUUGGAUCCCUUUUAUGGAGUCAUUCAUACAGAAGAUUUUCGUAAACGGGACUAUUGCCGUGUCUUUGGAACCGGAAGCACUAACACCACUUUAAGGAUAAGUGCAGUGGCGAGUGAUGAGGAUGAAAUUUGCGGUGUCGAAAGACACAAGAGUAUUGAUGAAGAUCGAGCGGUCACCAUUGCGGUUCGUAUUCAUCGAGACCUUGAACUUUCCGUUGAUCGUUAUUAUUCAAUCGCUUGUUCUCAAACUUUUUCAACUAAUUCAAGGUCAACUCAGCGAUCCAGAGUGACCCUUAAACUGUUAAAUGAAGGUGGACAUGAUACUAGUCGUAGAUUAAUCCAUGGAAAUCGUUAUAAACUUCAAGUGGACAUCAGUAAUCCCGAUCCAACAUACGGAAUGUACGUUCGUAAUUGUGUCGCUUUUUCAUCAACAAAUUCAACUGAAGUUGAUCUAAUUAACCAUAACGGGUGUCCAGUUGAUGAGAAUGUAAUCUCACCCUUUGAUUACAAUGUUAACUCAACAUCGACCGUUGAAGCGACAGUUAAGUCAAUGUUCAAAUUUCCAGGGACCAAUAGGGUGUUCAUUCAAUGCGCUGUCCUCCUUUGCAAGGGAGGCUGUAAUUUCAACAUUGAUUGUGAAGAUACUUUCAUUAAAAGAAGUUCAAUUUCCAAAAUCAGGCCAGAUUCUAAUGUGAUGCAAAUUCUGGCAAGUACAACAGUUUAUGUGGUCGAUCCUGGUGAAGAUAUUCUUGAUUAUAUUCGGUACAACGAAGAGUGUAAUAUAUCCCGUUUUCCGUGGUUGGUGACACUUGCCACUGUCUUGGGAAUAUUAUUGUUGAUCAUGUUAAUUGUGAACAUUUUCCUGUGUACCUCGUUAACUUGUACCUGUACGAAAACCGAAGUAGUUGAAAAAGAAGACGCUUCUGAAUUGGAAGAUUAUGAUCCCUACAAAAUAGAUUGGGCCGCGAAUAAUAAUAUUCCCGUUCACGGAUCAACCUACGGAUCUCGUUCAUCCUUGGCCAAACAUCUUAACGAUGGUAAUGAAAGCGAUUUCCGACCUAAUUCAAGGUACUCCUCGAGUCAACCUUCGGUAAAACGUGUUCCCGCCCAAACGUAUCCUCAUAGCUACAGAUAAGGUUCAAUUACUGCGAAAUUAAAAUGAUCCUUGAGAAACAAUUAACAACAAAAAAGAUGCGAAAUCACAACAAUUAAAAAACAGAAAACAUCUUAUAUUGUUUUCACUAUUGUCACUGUUGUAAGGAUUUCAAGUUAAUACGAUUCAGUGUUUAUAUUGUUCAUUUACAACAAUCAAAAGCCUACACGUUGAAAUUGUGUCUCUAUUGUAAAGUGUUAACAACAAUUGAAUCACACCAACAAUCAGUGAAUCUAAAACGAUGGUAAAAUUAACUAUCCACUGAUUUUUUUAGACAAGUCAACUGAUUAACUAAACCAACUAAUACCCGUGGAGAAGCCUAAUUGUAAAUUACUUUCCUUUACAUGAAAAAAAUUAACUAAUCAUCUGAAUCACCAAAUUUUAGUCAGAAUCUUUUCAUUAAAACAAAUACAACAAUCACCUUCCAUGUGCUUCACCUUUAACGAUCAAACUAAUUUAUUGACUUUCUUUAAAUAAUUAACUUUUAAUUGACUCUGAUCUUGAUUUGCUUGAUUGUUGCAAUCAAAUUUAAUUUUUUACCAAAAUUCUAGUGCUUUGUUUUGUAAUAUAAACUUUUCCCUCCCCAUGAAAUGCUGUGCAUUUCAUGAUAAUAAUACAAUUAAACUUUUGAUUUUUUUGCUCAAAA